GUUUAUAUAAUACAGUACAUUGCUUAUUAUUAUAGUACUGUAUAUUAUUUGUAGGCCUAUGCAUACCCUGCAUGGUUGACUUUUUUUUCUCACAGAAAAUAAUACACUGCCAUAAACUGGCCACGAGGGGGCGCAGAUCAACUGUUAGUGGGCCAGAGUCAGUCCAUUCUGAAUCCCACUAGAACAGAGGUGCACAGUUUCUGUUGAUGGACAACAUUGACCCCCGGUCCCAUAUUGAGGUGCUGUGCAAAUAGUGUUUUGGUUCAGUGCACACACCAGCUGCCUGCAAAGUAACCUUUCUUGAAUGUGUAGGCCAUAGUCAGCUCUGAUAUGUUGAUAAAUAAUUGUUUUUUUUUGUUUUUUUUUUUAAUUUAUUUUCCAGGUAGCUUGCUUGCAACCAAGACAUUGUAUGGCAGACAAUUCUGACAAAGUCCCCUCUUCAGAUUAGUACAUUCUCAUUUCCUUUUUACCCGUUCCAAAUGUGCACAUCCCUGUCAAACUGGUCUGAUAAUGCAGCCAGUCUACACAAUAACUUCUUCUUUUCUCUGAUCCAGCUAACCUACUUCUUUAAAUAGAGUUCCCAAAGAGUCCCCUUACACUCCCCACACAAGACCAUGCAGAGACGGGGCUCGGUGUCGGGACCCCAGCAGUGGGUUCGGAAAUGCGCCAUGUUUGUGCGAACAUUGAGCCUGACAGACAUGCCGGGGUUUUCCUCCCUACCCAUGAUGCAACAUUUGUCUUUACCGGCUCGGAGCACCGAUAAUCUGGACAGUUCCGGGGAGCCUUCGACUCGCUCGCUGGGCACCACUGCCAACUUGAAGGGGAAGAUGAGCAAGAGGCUGUCCGUUGUGAAAGGCCACUUUCCUAAGCUCGCCGACUGUGCCCACUUCCAUUACGAGAAUGUCGACUUCGGUUCCAUUGAGUUGCAGUUUGCAAACGAGCAGAACGAUGCCAGCUGGAUGUCGGGCUCGGCCAAAGACCUGGUCUUCCUUGUGCAGGUGUCUUGCCAGGGCAAGACGUGGAUGGUGCGGCGCUCGUACGAGGAGUUCCGGACGCUGGACGCCCACCUGCACCAGUGCAUCUACGACCGCCGCUACUCACAACUGCUGCCCCUGCCGCCGCUCGCCGAGAUCGGGGACAAGGUGGAGAUCUUCACGCCACUGCUGUCGGAGUACCUUGUCCGGCUCUCCAUGAUCGUAGACAACAAGCUGAACUGUGGGCCUGUGCUCACCUGGAUGGAGAUUGACAACCACGGGAACAGGUUCCUGCUGAAAGAAGAGGCCUCUCUCAAUGUCCCCGCCAUCGCCGCCGCCCACGUCAGAAAGCGCUACACGGCCCAGGCCACCGACGAGAUCUCCAUAGAGGUGGGAGACAUCUUAUCUGUGAUAGACAUGCCACCCAAGGAAGACACCAGCUGGUGGAGAGGCAAGCACGGCUUCCAGGUUGGCUUCUUUCCCAGCGAGUGUGUGGAGCUGAUCAGCGAGAGACUGCCCCAGACCGUCAGCGCUCCGGCCUCAAAACUAGAGGUGGACGGAGCGGCUGUGAGUGCAGCUGGACCCCCCUCCCCCACGUCAGUGUCCAAGAAGCACGGCAAGCUGAUGGGCUUCCUCAGGACCUUCAUGAAGUCUCGGCCCACCAAGCAGAAGCUGAAGCAGCGCGGCAUCCUCAAGGAGCGAGUCUUCGGCUGCGACCUCGGAGAACACCUGCUCAACUCCGGACUAGACGUCCCCCAGGUGCUGACGAGCUGUUCAGAGUUCAUCGAGAAGCAUGGCGUCGUGGACGGCAUCUACCGACACUCCGGAGUCUCCUCCAACAUCCAGAAACUCAGGCAUGAGUUUGACAGUGAGAAUGUGCCAGACCUGACCAAGGACCUGUACAUGCAGGAUAUCCACUGUGUGGGCUCGCUCUGCAAGCUCUACUUCAGGGAGCUGCCAAACCCACUCCUCACCUACCAGCUCUACGACAAGUUCGCUGCAUUUUGGGAGUGUACAGAGGACUGCAUGGGUGAGAUGACGGAGGAUGAGCGCAUGGUGAAGGUGCACGACGUCAUUCAGCAGCUGCCGCCUCCUCACUACAGGACACUGGAGUACCUCAUUCGCCACCUGGCCCGUCUGGCUACCUUCAGUGAGGAGACCAACAUGCACAUCAAGAACCUGGCCAUCGUCUGGGCACCCAACCUGCUCAGGUCGAUGGAGAUCGAGGCGGUGGGUCUGAGUGGUGCUGACCCAUUUAAGGAGGUGCGUAUCCAGUCGGUGGUGGUGGAGUUUCUGCUGACCAACGUGGACGUGCUCUUCAGCGACACCUUCACCUCCGUUGGACGCUUCAGCACCGCAGGUCGGCAGUCUCUGACGAGGCCCAAGUCGUUUGUGUCUACGCGGCUGCUGUCGUUAGAGGAAGCUCAGGCUCGUACCCAGGCCCCUCUCCUGCUGCAGGGAGGCCCGCCGCCCUUCCAGGGCCAGUUCCACACCGUGCUCGACCUCCCGGGAGAAAGGAGGAAGAGGGGCAUGAAGGUGAGGAAGUCAGCUGGGGGAAGCUGGAAGACGUUCUUUGCCAUCGGGAAGCCAACGGCGGCAGGAGGACGGCGUAAGCCAAUGAGGAUCACCUCGCUCUUCCAGCCCGCCACUUCUCACGCAGGUUGCCGUGUGGAUAGCGUGACGCUACGGUCGGCUAAGAGUGAGGAGUCCCUGUCAUCCCAGCACAGCGGAGCAGGUCCGGGUAAGCUGCGUCUGCGGCGGCCGCGCUCCAGCAGUGACGGCCUGUCCCUGGCUGCCUCCAUGGAUCCCCACCAGCAGCAGCAGCAGCACCAACAGCACCGGCCCCCCUCGCGCCUCCCCAGCAGCCGCUCCUACGACAGCCUGCUGCCCGACGAGAGGAGGCGCGCUGCCGCCGCCGCCGAGGAGGAGGACGAGGCCGAGGAAGAUGAGGACGAUGAUGAAGAUGACGAAGGAGAGGAGGACGAGGAGGCGGUGUACAUGCUGCCGGACUUCUCGCGUGAGGACGCGGCCGCCGCCUGGAUGGCGGAGGAUGUUAUCGAUUUCAGCCCCACCUUCGCGGAGGAUGGGGGGCCGGUCGGGUUGGCGGCCGGAGGGGCCGCCACGGGGCCCAGUGGCAGGGAGUCGCCACCCACCGCCACCCCACCUCCGUACCGCUGCCUGCAGGGCCACCAGGGACACGCCCGCUCUGGCAGCCAGCGCUCUGUCACAGAGGACCCAGACUCUGUGCUCAACCAAUCGGAGGCCGGCCCUCGCCGGAGCCUGAUCCUGGCGGCCACGGCCCCUCAGACGCAGGUGUACUGCCAGCACCGGCCCUCAGCCGCCGCCCUCGCCGCCGCUGCCUCUAACGCCUCCGGGCCGGCCUCGGGUGCGGCACAGUCUGCCGAAGCCGGUGGAAGUCCUUCCCAUGGCCAGACGCCCUCCACGGCUAAUGCUGGUGUUACCACUGCUGGUGCUGCUGCAGGGUCUUCAGCGACCUCCGCUGCUGCUGCCCAGCCCCCGCAGGAGAGGCGCUCCUUCACGCGGAAGAUGGUGCACGCCUUGUCCCCCAAAGCCCCCAAGUCCCCCCCGCUGGACAUCUCCGACCCCAUCGCCAUCAGCGUACCUGCCAAGGUCCUGGAGAUGAUUGGCGGGCGAGCUGGCGAACUGCAGCCCGUUGCUCAGGGAGGCGGGCCCUCCCAGCCUCCACAGAUGAUCUCCAUGCUGCUCAGGUCAUGUGACUUCCAGCUGACCGAGAGCUGCCAACAGGAGAUCUGCAGCAAGCUGGGCCCCGAAGCCAAGAUCAAGGGCCCGAGCAUUUUAGGGCCCACAGGAGUGCCACUGCCCGCUCAGCAGCCCCCUCCGCCCCCUCCCAAAAACCCUGCCCGCCUCAUGGCUCUCGCCCUGACCGAGAGUGCCAACAAAGCGCUACGCCACCAGGGCGCCUCGCCUCCCUACCGCCCUCCGCAGACCAAAACCGCCGCCACGCCUGCAGACACAGACGCCCUGCGCUUCCAGAGGUCGCUGUCGGCGGACGCUAGCGAGCUGCUCUCCUCCGACCCCAACCAACUGUACUCCACGGUGCGCCCCCUGUCUGUGUGGAUGACCGAGGGAGACGGCACUCGGGGAGAUGAGCAGACCGGUGGGGACGUGGACCAGGAGCAGGCCCUUAUGUCUCCCCUUGGACAGGACACUGGAACCCUCUCCUCCGCUACCUCCGUGUCCGACUCGGGCGCGUCCAACUCGGAGCUGUCGGCCGGGAGCUCGUCCGGCGAUGGAGACCAGACCCCCAGCCCCAUCUACAAGAACCAGCAGCAGCUCUCCCCGCUCAACCAACCUCAACACCCCAAAGGCAGCCCCUCGGCCUCCCCCGACGCCCACCCUCCCCAGCGGAAACCCCCUGCCUACAACCGGCAGUUCUCCGCCCCCCUCCUCCAGCAGCAGAGGUCCCCCACCUCAUCGGCCAGGCCCACCGCCCAGCCUCCCAACCCGCCCCAGCAGCAGCCCCACCACCACCACACCCAGCUCCUGCACUCCCGCUCCGAGAGCUCCCCCCUGGCGCAGGUCCGUGCCUUCCAGCCUACGCGUCCCAAAGUGCCCCCCAAGCCCCUGGACCUGGUUCCGCUGCGAGGAACAGGAGGAGGAGGAGGGGGAGUGCCGCUCUCCAGGGCCGACCGGCAGGACUACGCACGCCGCUCCCUGGAUGCGGGCCGCAUCCGGCGCAUGAUGAAUCAGCAGCAGCAGCAGCAGCCGCCGCAGGGUAACCCGCCGGGCCUGUCCCGGGCCUACUCCGAGCGGGCCGCGGGCACCUCUGACAUGCUGGCCAGACACUACAGCGCCCGGGUGGCUGGGCAGCCUCUUCCACCACCCCCGCUACAGGCCCAGCAGCAGCCUCCACCGCCUGCGUACAUCCGGCCGGUACCCUCCUCCUCGGAAGACCCCAGCAAGGUGGAGAACUUCUACUACGAGAUCGCCGCACCGGAACACCCGCAGGCACCGCCCAGCUACGCGCGCCACAGCUACAUGAACAUGCGGCUGGACCUGGAGGGCAACUACCGGCCCGCGCCCAUCGACCAGAGAACUGUGUCCCGUGGCCAUCACCAUCCUCCGCCACCACAACAAGCCACCGGAGGGAGGGCGCCACAGCUGUGGUCAGCCGAAGCCACCAGGGCGUGGGCUGCUGCCCAUUCCCACUCACACUCCUACUCCUUCUCCCACGGCCACUCCCAUCAGCAGAGGGGGGUGAGCGCUCAGGAUGGCACACGGCAGCCCCAGCGUCAGACCUCGUCCUCUGUCAGGCUUCCACGCAACGAGUUGCAUCCCAUUCCCCUCUCCGCCGGUGCUGCCGGUGGCAGUGUUGGUGUCGGUGGUGGUGGAGGUGGAGGCGGAGGUGGAGGCGGAGGCGUUGGUGGCAUCCCGCUGUCUGUGCACCACCAGCGCAGCUCCGUGCGCUCUCAGCGCUCCCCGUCAGGCGAGCUCACCAACUCCCAGCUGCACCCAUACUUCGAGAACGGCAAGGUGUGCUACCGCUACGCGGACGGCAGCAAGCCAGAUGAACCCGCCUCCGCUGCUGGCCCCAGCCCUGGCCCCAGCCCUGGCGCAGCCCCAGCCUCCACCAAGCCCCUCCAGCCUCAGCCCACCCCCACCCCAACUGGGCCUUCCCCUCCUCCGCAAGCCCACAAACCGCAGUCCUCCAAGGACCAAACGGAGCACGUCUACGUCAAUUUCCCCUUCACCGCCAGCAGCCCGCAGAACAACGCAGCUAGCGCUAGCAGUGUGGGCAGCGCCAAGGGCGUCGGUGGUGGUGGUGGGGGUGGAGGUACAUGGCUGACCACGGACCUCGACGGCGGCAAGAACAACAGCGGUUGCUCUCAGGGGCUGGAGACUCUGUCCCCGACUCUGGACGCCUCACCCGAGGAGGAGAACUCGGAAGCAACAAAUCAGCAGUUACAACAGCACCCACUGUUGGACUCGGAACAGGACAGCAGCCCCUCGCACGACUACGAGAGCCCCGCUCAGUCCCAGUGCAGCCCGAUACACGACACGCACUCGCUCGACUUGCCACCGGUCCAGUCUUCCUCGACGUCCUCGUCCGCCUCCCACUUCCGGAGCCGCUCAGACCCGCAGAACUCCAGCGCUGCGGGGGACGGGAUGGGGAUGGGGAUGGGUCCUGGGGGCGUGAGUCAUCAGCAACCCCUGACCGGGAAGGAGAUCGCCUCGCUGCUGAUCGAGAAGCUGGCGGAGGAGGAGAGGGAAGCAGGCACGUGUACCCGUGCAUCGUCCUCUGCCUCGUCCUCGCCUCGCAUGGAGCACCCGCACCCGCAACCGCCAAACCCCUACGCCGCUCAACUGCAGCAGCAACAGCAACUGUUGCUACAACAGCAACAGCAGCAGCCCCAUUUCCCUCCUCCGGCCUACAAUGUUUACACCCCGGCGCCGACCCGCCACAGUUCCCUACGAGACCCGUCGGCGGGCGUCUUCCACCGCCAAGACCCGUUCCGCAGGUCCGCCGGCGGGCACUACCGCCAGGCCUUCGACGUCAUGCCCUCCGGCGACCAGGUCUUGAAGUACUACCGCAGCCAGGACUUCAUGCCCGGUUCCCCCCAGGGGGAGCUGCCCUCCUCCUCCACCCCUAACCCCUACCCUCCAAGGACUCACUACCCAGACUCUGCCUACCAACAACACCACCGUGGACCACAUGACACUUCCAGGCCUCCGUACCCCGGCUCCCCUCACAGCACAGCGGGCACCCCGCCCUCCGCAGCUUUCUCCAACCUGGCUCUGGGCACCCCGAGAGGGUAUGCCAACCAGCCCGGCGGCUUCCAGUACAGCCAGUACCCGGCGCAGGUGCAGUCUAGCCCCCAGUACCCCAACGCCCCACGCAGAGAUAUGGUGCUGGAGCCGGCGCUGCGGCCCCCUGCCUAUCGCAACCAGAGGGGGCUGGCUCGGCAAGGCAGCCUGCCGGGCCCCAACUGGACCAUCCACACUGAGGGCCAGACAAGGAGCUACUGCUGAGCUAGGCAGUGAGUGCUCAUGAGAAGCACACAGAGAAACACACUCUGAAACCCAUGGCAAGAGUUUAAGCUCUUCAUCAAGCUUUCAGAGACGUGUGGGUCAAGCAUUUCAAGGGAAAGGAAAGGAAAGGAAAGGAAAGGAAAGCCGCUUAAGAAGCGCACCUAUGGCUACAGCACUAAUGGGGGAUUGUCAGUGUUAGAUGGUUUCCCGGCUCGAAGGACCAUAAUUAUGAAAGGCUUUACGCACCGAGGUGCAGCAAUUCACUAGAUGGAGCACAAUGACCUCCACUUGGAGUAAUAGCACCACCCAACUCAGCUGAGGUUCGCCAUCCAAGUAUGUGUACCUCUGCCCUGCCUCUCCCC